AUGGCAAGAUGGAUUCAGAUAUUCAAUGUAAAUGGUCUAACAAUUGAUGCUGAUGGAGGAAUCAUUGAUGGCAAUGGUGGGAGAAAUGCAGAACAUGCAGAAGGCCAACACCCUGAAGCUCACAUAGCAGUAAAUGGCUGCGAUGGUGCAUUAGUCUCUCACAUCAAUAUCCAUUCUCCUCCCAAAAGUCCUAAUACUGAUGGCUUCGACAUUGCCAAUUCCAAAAAUAUAGUAAUCGAAGAUUCUACUCUCGCAACAGGUGAUGAUUGUAUUGCCAUCAAUGGUGGUUCUUCUUACAUCAAUGCAACUCGACUUUUUUGCAUAGGAGGCCACGGGAUAAGUAUGAUUCAUAAUUGUAGAGAAGAUGGAAAAUGUGGUCAGAGUGGAAAAGAUGAGGACAUGAACAGUGAAAGUGAAGGUCCCUUUCGAAGGAUCUUGAACAAUAGUUCCACCUGUGUGAUCAAAGCUCGUAAGGCGCGUAUCACAAUGUUACAGUUGGCGAAUGAGUUCGUGAUCGCAAUUUCAGAGAAAGAGUGCACCACUGUAACUAGCGAGGUCAACCCCCAAUCGGCUUGGAGUGGACAGGAGGAUGUUGUGGCAAAUCAACAAGUAUACUGA